UACUUACCACACCGCCCGGGCCCUUAGUUGAACUGAGAACAGCACCUAGCACCCUUCGGAGACCCCUCUGGGACCUAGAAAACCUUCCUAGAACCUUAAAAUCUGUUUAGAACUUGCGACGACACGUUCCGACGCGACGGAAACUUUUCCGGACUCAAAAGGACCUUAUUUUGACCUCUUCUUGAUACUCAAGACUUAUUUAAGCCCUUCAGAGACCCAUUUUGGGCAUCGUAGCUAUCUGUGCGUGAAAAUCAGAUGUGAUGUAUUAGAAGCCAAGAAGACCCAGUCCAGCACCAUGGACCAUCUCCUCUUCUUGGCUCAGGAGAGGAUGGAAUGGUUGCAGGUGACUCUCCACUCAGGAUCAAGGAGCUUCUCGCACAGCCUUGCAUCCGUCAGAGACAGUGCGAGAGGCUUCUACCUUGAGUCCGUGAAUGCGGUGAAGAACCAGAGGCUGAGUGGAGAGCUGGUUGAGAAGGUACGAGGAUGGCUCAUGAAAUUAAAGGAAGUGCUGGAUGAUUUUAGGCCUUCGGAACUGUACAACAGAUUAUGGGUAUUUUUAUUAACGGAAGUGACCCGAACACACGUCUACUUCGGAGGCGCAUGCUUCCUCUUUGGGGGCAUCAUAGGCAUAACUGUGGGCAUGAAACUACGCAGCAGUGUGGUGGCACCGCAGCGAAUGAGAGCAGUGGUCACCAACAGCUACAGAGGAAUUGAGGCCAUUGGAGUUGUGGAGGACGUGGUGGCACCCAGGAUCGUGCAGCCAAAUCAAGUGCUGGUGCAGGUGAAGGCAGCAGGGAUUGACUACCUCGACAUCAAAGUGGCGGAAGGAUAUGGACGUGUGCUCAGACGGCAACUCAAUAAGUACAAUCCAAAUACAGAAGGAGAGUUUCCGGUUGUGCUGGGAAGAGACUGCUCGGGGAUUGUUGUGGCUGUUGGGAAAAAUGUGAGCAAGGUGGAACAGGGUAAUGAGGUGUGGUUGGCCUGCCCUUUCUACCAUCCAGGGACCCUCAGCGAAUAUGUUGUUGUGGCUGAUGACUUAGUGGCCCUCAAGCCCUCACAGCUGACCUUCGAAGGGGCAGCCGCUUUGCCCUACAGUAUUAUGACGGCCUGGGAUGCCCUGGUGACACAGGGUGGCCUGGGACCUGACUCCACCGCAGGCAAGAGGAUUUUGGUGCAUGCCGGUGUGUCGGGUAUCGGUGUCGUGGCCAUACAGUUAGUAAAAGCUUGGGGUGGCCAUGUGACAACGACAGUGUCUUCGCGUGCUGCUCCUCUGGCCCACAUGCUUGGUGCUGAUGAUGUCAUCACAUAUGACAACUCAAACUUCGACAAGGAGCUAAUGCUGAGAGAGAAGUACGAUGUCAUCUUAAACACUGUAGGUGAGGUGCUACAUGAAUCGUGCUUGAAACAUUGUGUUCCCGGAGGACUGGUUGUCACUGCCACGUCAUCUCAGCUUGCGUCAGAUUCUUAUGGUUAUGUGACAGGGGCUUUGUACUCCCUUGGCAUGAGGCUGUGGUACUGGUUCACACAGGCUCCAUGGCUUACAGGCGGGCGAUGGGGCACCCUAGAGGUAUGUGGGAGCGUCCUGGAGAGUGUGGCACCUCUCGUUGAAGCAGGACGCCUGCAGGCUGUGGUGGACAAGGCCUAUUCUGCCCAGGAUGCAGAAGUGGCAUUUGGGCAUGUAGCCAAGGGAGAACAGAUUGGCAGGACUGUGGUGCGAUUUAGUAAUAAUCCCCCUGUUAGGAAUCUAGGAAUGGCUUUCUGGCAAGACCACUAGCUUCUCGAAUGGAAGGGUCGUUGUAAAGGUAAUCUCAGUUAGAAGGGAAACAAGAAAUUCAGUGUCGGAGAAAUUCAGUAUCUGUUUGGGUAGAAUUCAAGAUUAACCGAGAAAUUUUUGCACUCGUGUUGGGAGGGAAUCUAUUUUUGUAUUUAGGUGUUCAUGUACAACAGGGUUUGACGAUAUGUAUUAAGUGAUAGGGAAACAUCCAUUGGAAUAUUAUUUCAUUUUCAUUUUAUUAUUAUUGUUUUUUAUUAUUAUUGUUAUUAUUUUUUUUUGUGUGUUAACCUUUUGUGCUUGUAUGACAUGACAUACGUGCCAUGUCCACUGUGAGUAUAGUUAGUUGAAUUUUGAUUACACAUAGAUGGCUCCACAUUUGCUUAGUCACCAAGGAGUCAAUUACUAGUCUUACUUAUCUCACCUUUUUACCCUUGUCCGUGAUUUUCAGAAAGAGUACUUUUUUAUAUUUCAUUGCUAUUAUUGUAUUGAUAAUUUUAUGAUAAUCAUUUGUUAGCAAUAAUAAUUAUUGAUAUUAGUAGGAUUAGAAGAAGUUAAGAAAUGGUGAAAUCAAGUGAGGUCAUGUAGGGCCUACUCAUUGACUCCUUGGUGGCUGAGAACUUGUGGUGCCAUUUGUGUGUGACAUAAAUUCACAGUGGACUGUGCAUAAGCCUUCAUACAAAGGGUUAGUUUAUUUGCAAAACUGCACAGCCUUUAGGUGUAGUAUUUACAGGGAGAGACAUAUCUGUGUACAUUUUGUUUACUGCAAUGAUAUUGGUAUUUAGGUCUUUAAAGAUAAAGACGACAUGAGACUUCAGCAUUUGUUGAAAAUGUUUUUUCGUUUUUUGUUUUGUUUUAUAGGUAAAUAAAGUGAUUGUAUGUGCCUGGUAUGUAGGAAGUAACAAUUGUUCUAGUCACUUCAAUAUUUUUAUUUUCGUUCUUUUUAAAAAGUUAAUGACAUUGUUGAGAUAUGUUUAUAAAUUAUUGUGUUCACCAGUGGUUAUAAAAUUUGCCCGUCCCGAUGCAGUGUAAUUGGUUUGCUCAGUAUAUGUACCAAUUUGCUCACUGGAUAUCAGAAAUAGGAAUUUUUAAGCCUGUUUCACAUUGGUUCAUCCUGGGUUAUUUAUUCAUGCAACUUGUAAAUAGUUCAAGAAAAUGGGGAAGCUCUUUCCUAAGUGCUUAUGGUUUCUAGAUUUUACCAAUGACAAAACUAGUAAGGUCUUCCUGCCAAACUUUAAAAUGUAUACUAGUUUUUUAGAUGUACAGAAUUUUUCUAGGAAGAUUUAUGUAAAGAGUAUUAUGGCCUCACUUUUAUUCAUAUUGUACAGAAUUGAUACUAAAUAAACAAAGUUAACUCUUUUAA